AUGGGAAUUCAAAUGAGGUUCGCCUCAGUGGAACACCCGCAAACAAACGGCCAGGUAGAGUCAGCCAACAAGGUAAUUUUGCGAGGUUUAAAGCGGCGAUUGGAUGAAGCUAGUAGAGCAUGGUUGGAUGAGCUCCCGGUCGUUUUAUGGUCUUACAACACCACCGAGCAAUCAAGCACGAGGGAAACUCCGUUUAGAAUGACUUACGGGGCAGAUGCUAUGCUACCCGUGGAGAUCGAUAACUUGUCUUGGAGAACUGCGCCGCGCCUAGAAGGCGAGAAUCAGGCGAAUAUGGCGAUGGAGCUCGAUCUGCUAUCCGAGACUCGGGAAGAAUCCCGUGUACGAGAGGCAGCGAUGAAGCAGCGAGUUGCAGGUAAGUAUGAUUCGAAGGUUCGUCCUAGAGCGAUGCAGGUGGGAGACUUGGUCCUAAAAUGGCAAACAGGCAAUACGGGAAACAAGUUGAGCCCAAACUGA